UGCAAUUGUGUAGUUAUUACAGCUGGUUACCUAGUGCUUACUUAAUUUCUUUUGAAUAUAUUUGUUUAAAUUCUGUAGUUGUGUAUUCUUGUAUCAGCUUAUAUAAUUAAAAAUGUCUAAAAAGAAGGGGAAUAAAAAGAAUCUGGAUUUUGGAGACGAUUUGGACGAGAAUAAGCUUUCAAAUGAUACCUCUGGAAUAACCUCAAAAAGUAAAGGAAAAGGAAAAAAGAAAGGUAAAGUGAAUAUUGAUGCGAGCGACAGUGAUGAUGGACCACCAGUUAUAAAUAAAACUCAAAUAUCUGACGAGGAAGAAGAGUUGAAACCUGUUAAAAAGUCGCAAAAGAAAGCUAAGAAGAAAGGUGCUGAACCAUCAGAUGAUGAAGAGGAUGAAAAUAAGUCAAUUGUUAGUAAUGCGACUAGUACAGCGUCAAAGUCAGCUUCGAAACAGAAUAAAAAAAAGAAAGGAAAAGGUAAGAAAGGUGAUGACUGGUCAGAUGAAAACAGUGAUGUUGAACUCAAAGAAGCUUCAGAUGAAGAAGUUGCUAAGCCAGUCACCAAAAAGAAAGGUAAAAAUAAGAAAAAAUCUAUAGCAGCUGAAUCAUCUGAUGAUGAGGACCAAGAUGACUCAAAAUCAGUGGUCAGCAAUGUGUCCAGUAAUGCACAGCCAGUCAAGGCGAAGAGCAAAAAAGGUAAAGGCAAGAAAGAAGAUUGGCCUGACGAAGAAAGUGAUAAGGAAUUAAAAAUGGAAUCUGAUGAUGAAGAUAUAUUAAAACCUGUUGUCAAAAGUAAAGGUAAACAUAGAAAGAAAAACAAUAUUGAUGACAUUGAAAAAGAAUUAAAGAAAUUUGAAAUAAAAGAAGACGAACAGGAGGAAAAACAAGAUGAAAAGACAUUGGAAGUUAUUGAAGAUAAAUCAGAGGUAGUAGAAAAGAAAAUGAGUCACAAAGAGAAGAAAAAACUAAAGAAGCAACAGGAAUAUGAGAAGCAGGUGGAGAUGCUCACUAAAAAGGGUGGGCAGGGUCACAGUGAACUGGAUGCAAAUUUCACAGUUAGUCAAGCCCAAAAAUCUGCAGGUCAGAUGGCAGCUCUAGAGAAUGCAGUCGAUAUUAAAGUUGAAAAUUUCUCAAUAAGCGCUAAAGGAAAAGAUCUGUUCGUAAAUGCAACGUUGCUCGUAGCUAAUGGUCGUAGAUACGGUCUCGUGGGACCGAACGGUCACGGCAAGACGACGCUCUUGAGACAUUUGGCCCAACGUGCCUUUCCUCUACCACCUCAUAUAGAUAUUUUGCUCUGCGAGCAAGAGGUUACAGCUAGCGAUUUGAGUGCUGUUGAUACAUUAUUGGAGUCUGAUGUUAAAAGAACUGAGCUUCUCAAUGAAUGUAAAGAGCUGGAGGCUGAAAUUGAGAAAGGAGAUCUUAAAAAGCAGGAGAGGUUAAAUGAGGUGUACGCGGAGCUGAAGGCGAUCGGCGCGGACUCGGCCGAGCCGCGCGCGCGCCGCAUCCUGGCGGGGUUGGGCUUCAGUCGCGAGAUGCAGGACCGGCCCACCAAGAACUUCUCCGGGGGUUGGCGCAUGAGGGUCUCCUUGGCCAGAGCACUGUACAUAGAACCUACUCUAUUGCUACUCGAUGAACCUACGAACCAUUUGGAUCUAAACGCCGUAAUUUGGUUAGACAACUACUUACAAGGAUGGAAGAAAACAUUGUUAGUCGUAUCUCACGACCAAUCGUUCUUGGACAAUGUCUGUAAUGAAAUAAUACAUUUAGAUCAGCAGAAGCUGUUGUAUUACAAGGGUAAUUAUUCGAUGUUCAAAAAAAUGUACGCACAAAAACGUAAGGAAAUGAUCAAGGAGUAUGAGAAACAGGAGAAGCGAUUGAAGGACAUGAAGGCGCAUGGACAGUCUAAAAAAGCAGCUGAGAAGAAACAGAAAGAGGCGCUCACUCGCAAGCAGGAGAAGAACCGCAGCAAGUCGCAGCGGGAGGAGGCGGACGAGGGCGCGGCGCCCGUCACGUUGCUGCAGCGGCCCAAGGAGUACUUGGUCAAGUUCUCCUUCCCAGACCCUCCACCGCUGCAGCCCCCCAUACUGGGAUUACUCAAUGUGGAUUUCAACUUCCCUGGACAGAAGCCUUUAUUCAAACAAGUGGACUUCGGUAUCGAUCUUAAUUCUCGAAUAGCAAUUGUGGGACCCAACGGUGUUGGAAAAUCCACGUUCCUGAAACUUUUAGUCGGAGAAUUGAGCCCAAUAUGCGGCGAAUUAAUUAGAAAUCAUAGAUUGAGGAUAGGUCGCUUCGACCAGCACUCUGGUGAACAUCUGACUGCGGAAGAAUCUCCCGUUGAGUACUUGCAGCGGCUUUUCGGUCUCCAGUACGAGAAGGCUAGAAAAGCUCUCGGCACUUUCGGUCUCGCGAGCCACGCCCAUACGAUCAAAAUGAAGGAUCUCAGCGGAGGGCAGAAGGCGAGAGUUGCGUUAGCCGAGCUCACCCUAAUGGCGCCUGAUGUUGUUAUAUUGGACGAGCCGACGAACAACCUUGACAUAGAGAGUAUAGACGCGCUGGCGGAGGCCAUCAACCAGUACAAGGGAGGCGUCGUCAUCGUGUCGCACGACGAGCGACUCAUCCGGGAGACGGACUGCGCGCUCUACGUCAUCGAAGACCAGACCAUUAACGAGGUCGACGGAGACUUUGACGACUACCGUAAGGAGCUGCUGGAGAGCCUCGGAGAGACCAUCAACUCGCCGUCCAUCAUCGCUAAUGCGGCUGUACAGCAAUAGAUUAAAUAAAUUCAUUUUUUUAUUACA